AUGCCCUCCUGGUGCCCGCAGGUGGUGGAGGCGGCGGUCAAGCGGUCGCCGGUCAACAAGCUGGCGAGACUGGCGCGGCUGGCGGAGGCGCGCCUGGGUCGGCCCACCAGCAAGAAGCGGUGGGGGACCCUCGUGGAGGCCGCCAAGAACGCCAAAGUAAAAAAGUUGUUAUCCAGGUCCCGGUCCGACGAGUCGCUCUCCUCCGACCCCGGCCACGAGAUCACCGCUGACUCCGAGGAGGCUCGGGGGGGCUCCGGGACCCCCACGCCCCUCCAGAGCCUCCCUCCGGUGGGCAUCCUUCGGGGAGGCAGCGGUAGCGGUAGCGGCGGCGCCGGCGGCGAUGGAACGACGGAGGGCGGGCGGCGGGAGCGCGCUGGGCUGGGCGGAAGCGGGACGAUGCAUCUCGACGCCGCCGCCCUCGUGAGCCAGCAGGACCACGCCUCGCGCCCGCCCAAAAACUCCGUCAGCUUCGACAGGGCGGCGUUAGGCGGGGGAGGGGGAGGGGCCAAUAGCAGCAGCCCCUCCCACUCCUCCAGCGAGGCGGACCCUCCGCCCCCGUACCCCUGGCCGCGCCCCACUGCGGUCACCGCCGCCGCCGCCAACCUGACCAGCGAGCCGCCAGCGCCCACGUCGCCGUCCUCGGGGGGUAGCAGCGCGGGCGGCAACAUGCCCGCCCUGCCCGUGAGCGAGUCCUCCGAGCCCCUGGUGGGCGGGGGGCGGCCGGCGAACGGCUCCGUGCAGCCGCCGCGCCUGCCGGGCAUCCAGCCCGUCAACCGCCACAUGGCCGCCGGCUGGCUCUGA